UUGUACCAUGGUUCAAAACAGCACUCAUCUUUCUCUGUUUUCUCUCUCUUCCCUCUCCAUUUCGAUUGCUGAACCCUAGUUAGCGUUAGGGUUUUUAGUGUGAAGUUCCUCACGACUACAAGUCUUUGUUUUUUCGCCUUGCCAAUAGUUUUCCUCUGGUUUUUCCCCUGAGAAUCGAGAGCUUCUCUGCCUAUCAUGGAAUCGAGAGCUUCUCUGCCUAUCAUGGAAUCAGGCACGGUUGGUGCUCAGGGUUCUGAUUCUAAUACUGUUACUGAAGUUGGUUGGUAUAUACUUGGGGAGAAUCAGGAACAUGUUGGGCCUUAUGCCUUAUCAGAGUUGCAAGAACAUUACUUAAACGGGUAUAUCACAGAAAAUACAUUGUUAUGGUCUGAAGGGAGAAGUGAUUGGCUUCCAUUAUCUUCAAUUCAUGAGCUAGUAAGUGCUAUGUCUGCAAGGAUAGAGGAGUUAGGUGGGCAAAGUCAACAUUAUGAUAAUUCAGUUUCAGAGUCAACUUUUGGUGCUAAAGAUGAUUUCCUUCAAUGGAAGAAGGAGGUUGCAGAAGCAGAGGCUGAAGCUGAGAAUUUGAAAGAGGAUCCAUUUGUUGCAGGGGGUGCUGAUGAUAGGCCUUCCUCUCCACCAGAUGGCGAGGAUGAAUUUACUGAUGAUGAUGGAACUACUUAUAAGUGGGAUCGUUCUCUCCGAGCAUGGGUUCCACAAGAUGAUUCACAUUCUAAUAGGGAACACUAUGGCUUGGAUGAGAUGACUUAUGUUCAGGAGCAGGAGGUCUUUCCAAUUUUAAAGGAUCCAGAUGUUUCUGAAGGGAAGGAAGGUAAUGCUGACUUACCCAAAAAAAAGGAAGGUAAUACUGAUGGUGAGAAUGUAGAGACAGACUCUGAAAAGAAAAGGAAAGAGCCAGAUACAAUCAGUGAUAAAAAGGAAGCUAAUAAAUCUCCUGACAGUUGGUUUGCCUUGAAAGUCAAUAACCAUGUCUAUGUGACUCGAUUGCCAGAUGAUGUAACUGCUGAGGAGUUAGUGGAGGUCUUUUCCAAGUGUGGUGUCGUAAAGGAGGAUCCUGAUACCAGAAAGCCUCGUGUCAAGAUCUAUGUCGACAAAGAAACUGGUAAACAGAAAGGAGAUGCAUUGGUGUCUUACUUGAAGGAGCCAUCUGUUGGUUUGGCCAUUCAAAUAUUGGAUGGAACUCCUUUGCGUCCUGGUGGGAAAAUUUGUAUGUCUGUCAGUCAAGCAAAGUUUGAGCAAAAAGGGGACAAGUUUAUAACCAAACAACAAGAUAAGAGGAAGAAGAAGAAACUUCAAAGGGUUCAAGAAAAGAUUCUUGGCUGGGGUGGCCAUGAUGAUAAGAAGUUGCUGAUUCCUCUUACUAUUGUAUUGAGGCAUAUGUUUACACCUGCUGAACUGAGGUCUGAUCCAAGCCUUCUACCAGAACUGGAGUUAGAUGUUUUUGAGGAAUGUAGCAAGCUUGGUCCAGUAGAAUCAGUUAAGAUAUGUGAGAAUCAUCCACAAGGUGUUGUGUUGGUGAAAUUCAAAGAUAGAAAGGAUGGAUUAAAGUGUAUAGAGCUGAUGAAUGGAAGAUGGUUUGGUGGCAAGCAGAUACAUGCCAGUGAAGAUGAUGGCUCUGUCAACCAUGCACAAGUUCGUGAUCUUGAUGAUGAUGUUGCUCGAUUAGAGCAGUUUGGUGCAGAACUAGAGGCUGACUGAUCAUAAGGAUGCUAGGGUAUUUGAGGAAUUCAAAAUUUUCGCUUUGAAAGCUAUAUAUAUGUUUCAAACUCAAAAAAAAAGAAAGCUAUAUAUAUGUUGAGUAAUUAAUCUAACCAAUGCAUACAUAGCAAGGCUGGUUCUUAGGUUAUCUUUCACCUCUUGUUAUGUGCUUUUAAGGACCUUUGACAGUUUAAGUACCUCUUUGUCUCUCUGGAAAUUGUAUAGAUGGAUGGAUGUAGAAUGGCAGGUUUUCUUGGACUUCAAUUUAUCACUAACGGAAAAUUGUAUACCUGGUAAAA